GUUCAUAAAAUCAUUUGCUGUGCAUAAAAUUUAAUUAAGAUUUUUUCUCGGUAUCUAUUAAGUUGUACGGCUAAUAAUCGCGUUAUUUUCUCUAAUAUUGUAAAGAUUGUUUUUACUUGCAAAAGUGUAUGUGAUCUAAAAUAACUAAGUGCGAUAGCAGUAUAAAAGCUAAUUAACCAAAGUUUAAUUAAAUUGCAAUCUUGGAUAGAUAUUAUAAAAUGAUGGACGGCGGAGUGGUGCACCCUCAGCCAGGGGGCAUGCACCCGGGAGUGCCGGGCGUGGUGCACGGGAUGCCGAUGCACGGCGCCGGCCCGGACGGUGAGCACGUGCCUCACGGACCACGUCGCAGAUUUCAGAAUCGGCCCAAGCAACCCAGCAGCUUAGAACGUCUGCCUCUCGAUGAAGCUGCUAAAAGGGAAAUGGAAGCUCUUCCUAUGAAAACCCCAGUUUCGGUCUUACAAGAAUUAUUAGCCCGCCGUGGAACAGUGCCAAAGUAUGAGCUGGUACAAAUAGAGGGAAUGAUUCAUGAACCUACAUUCCGCUACAGAGUCACUGUUGCUGAUUUAGUCGCUAUGGGGACAGGGAGGUCUAAGAAAGAAGCUAAGCACUCAGCUGCCAAGGCUUUGCUGGACCGUCUCACCGGUGCAGCUCCACCUGAUCCACCAACUAAUGGAAAUGUCCCUGAACCUGGUGCAGUGGUGUCGUUGUUUGAGGACAAGCUGAUGGGCAAUCCGGUGGGCUGGCUGCAGGAGCUGUGCAUGUCUCGUUUCUGGCCACCGCCUUCAUAUCAUGCGGAAAAUGAUGAUAACGUUAAUAGACGUUUGCCUCAUGAGCGUCAGUUCACUAUCGUGUGUACGCUACUAAAGCGUCGUGAAGUGGGAACGGGCAAGUCUAAGAAGUUGGCCAAGCGUCAGGCUGCAUACAAGAUGUGGCAGGCGCUGAAGGAUAACCCUCCGGAAUCCUUCCAGAAUGAGGAAGAGGGUGUCGCGUCGCGCUAUGCCGAUUUGAAAGAUAGUAAAAUCUCCACACUGACUACAAGUCACAGCCACAAGGUGUCGCAGUUCCACAAACAUCUAAAGCAAUCUAUCGGCCCCAACCUGGCCAAGUUGCAGGUGACUCCAUUGAACAACAAGGAUUUCAACUUCGUCCAAUUUCUGCAAGAGAUAGCAUCGGAGCAAGCGUUUGAAGUGACUUACGUUGAUAUUGAGGAGAAAUCUAUGACAGGGCGUUCUCAAUGCCUUGUGCAGUUGUCUACUCUGCCCGUGGCUGUCUGCUAUGGCUCGGGGCUGACCAGCAAGGAUGCUCAGUCCUCGGCUGCUCAGAACGCUUUGGAGUAUCUCAAGAUUAUGACGAAGAAGUGAGAAUUCUCGAACGUGCGACAUCCGUUUAUCAUUUAUUAGUGGCAACUGGUGUUUCUCCGAGUGAAUUUGUAAAUCGCUCGAUUGUAAUUCGCUCCAAGUUAAAUAUUUAAAUAUAUAGAUAGGCCUGUUUGCUUGUAUUUUAAGAUUUCACGUCUAUUUCAAUAUAAAUGUAGACUCGUUUAUUGGCAAAUAAGAAUUUUAAUCUUACAUAUAAUGCCAGUAUAUUCAAUUUGCACUUACAGCAGGACUAUACAUGUCUAUAGUUGUAUAAUUUAAUUUAUUUUGGCCUAUCUACGUAUAAAAAUGUUUGCCUUAUUAGUUUGGAGUGUUUUUAGUAGAGAGCACGGAAAGCCACUGCGAUGUUUAUCGCGCGAUGUCGCCGGGACUGAGACUGUACCUUCAAUACCCCCAUACGAUCGGGAUUCGCUUCGGGCUAUGCUGUAUAACUGGCAUAUUGGCAGUGUAUUUAUGUAUACUGCCAUUUUUAAAUGUAUACUUGGUAUAUCAUACGUAUAAUUAAUUUUUGCAUGUAUUUUCAGUCGUAUGACAGCCAUUUACAAAUGUAUUCUUGGCAUAUCAUAUGUAUAAAUAACAUUUGCAUGUAUUUUCAGUUGGAUAACUGACAUUUUCAAUGUAUUCUUGGCAUAUCAUAUGUGUAAUUAGUGCUUGCAUGUAUUCUCAAAUGUAUAACUAUUAUUUAAAAAUGUAUUCUUGUCAUAUCACGUGUAUAAUUAAUUGUAUCACUUAUAAUUGCAUGUAUUUUUGGUAACUGGCAGGCACGUUUCUACAUUCAUAGUUUUUAAUGAUAUUUGAGGGACAUUGUUUAGUAAAAAACAAACAAGUCGAAGUCUUUGAUGUUUUGUUGGAAACAUGUUUGUAUGUAUAUAUCCAAUCCAAUAGAAUAUCGAACAGAAAAAAAUGAAAUUUUUAUUUAAAAUGGCUCAUGAGAAUCGUAUAUUAUAUUCUAUUGUGUGGUUUUAUUUAGAGUAAUGAUUUUAUUUGCGUCGCUGCCAAUGUGCGAGUACAUAGCAUAGCCCGUAAACUUCGAAACAAAGUAUGGAGUGGUCAUGUAAUUAAAUACAAGCUAUACUUUGCAUAGAAUUAGUGUAAUUUUCCCAGCGUGGAAAUUACUCAAUAAAUUAUUUUAAGAAAAUGUAAAAAAAAUAUAUAAAAUGUAUGUAAAGAAAAAAUCACAAAAAAAAAUGUGUGGAUUAUUUCCAGUUUAAUAUUCAGCAUUAUUUAGCAUGUUUUUGCAUUCAUAAUAAAAGUAAAAAUAAUUAUCUACUUAUCCAAAUUCUAAAUCUUAGCUUUUAAUGUAUAUUUAUAAUGGUGGAAUAGCAUAAAUAUUGUUUUAGUUGUUGCAGCGAGGUGCGCAGAGAUGUAUAUCAUGCUGAGCAUUAAACGGGAACAAGAUGGCCGCCGGCCAACGGACUAAUUUCAUUUGUAGUCAACGUGGGUUUUCUUUUGUACACGAUAGAAAACUUUGCAGGGAAGUCGACAACAUUGAGUGGAGUACGUAACUGGUACAAGUUUGCGAUGUUAGGAUCCCUUGCCUGUGAAAAUGGGCAUUAUUUUAAUGCAAAGUAUAGAGGUUGUAACAUUUUGUAUCCGGUGCUGGUGCACUAACACGGUUUCUUUUAAAUUGAAUGGUGUGACGUCAUCCGACGCCGCGUCAUAAGCGUCUCACGCGUCAUCCGCGUCGCUUGCGUCGUACGCGUCGCUCGCGUCAUCCGCGUCGCUUGCGUCGUACGCGUCGCUCGCGUCAUCCGCGUCGCUCGCGUCGUUUACGCACUGUUCAAAUUAGAAAAGAUACGGGAGUAUUGGAAUGGAGUUCCGUUCGACCAAGACCAACUAAAUGAAAUUAUAACGUCCGACACACGACACAUCGGAGUUCACGUUUUAUGUUUGUGUUUAGUCAGUCUUGGUUUUUACUUAAUUAAUAUUGUUCGUCGUAGUCGACGGUUUUUUCAAAUAUCGCUCUUGCUAGUUUAUUGAUAAUUAAAAUUUAAUGAAAUAAUGAACGACAUUUUGCUCGCAUAUAUUGUUUUAGCUCCUAUAAUAAAGUUUGAUGUUUGCUUGAA